GCACCGCGCCGGGCCGGGAGGAAGUUGCGCCAUUUGUCGACAUCAGAACCGUAUGGAGACAGGAGCUAGCCAGUGACUUUUCAUCAUUUUCUGCUUUCUGUAACCUUACAGGCGUCUUUUGUCGCGUUCGUAUUCCCUAGGAGAUACCCUAGACACUAUUUGUUGGAGAAAUUAGCAUCUAAGGGAUAAACAUGCCGAAGAAUAAGGGAAAGGGAGGAAAGAACCGAAGAAGGGGAAAGAAUGAGAACGAGUCUGAGAAGAGAGAGUUGGUGUUCAAGGAGGACGGACAAGAGUAUGCACAGGUGACAAAGAUGUUGGGUAAUGGCAGACUGGAGGCCAUGUGCUUCGAUGGCCAGAAACGAUUGUGUCAUAUCAGAGGAAAGCUGAGGAAAAAGGUGUGGAUUAACACAUCAGACAUCAUUCUGGUGGGGCUGAGAGAGUACCAGGAUGCAAAGGCAGAUGUGAUCCUGAAGUACAACGCUGACGAAGCACGAAACCUGAAGUUGUAUGGAGAGUUGCCAGAAUCUGUACGAAUCAAUGACACAGUCACCUAUGGUGAGGGUGGCGAGGAGGAUGACAUCACCUUUGAUGACUUUGAGAGAGAAGAGGAUGAAAUUGAGAAUAUCUAAGCUUCCAGUCUUGCAACAGAUCAUAGAAUUGGCGUUCCUUGUUUUCACUAAUGAAGAAAAAGAAGAAAGAAUAUACAAAGAAAAUACAAAGAUGAACAUUGACAUUUAAUCUAGGAUUUUGCUGCUUGGAAUGCCUCUAACUUGUGUUGAAUUGUGCAGGCAGUGUAAGAAUACUUUGUAUCUGCAAUUUUCAAGAAGUGAAACAACACCAUUUGUAUGUACAAGUUCUAAGCAAAAAUACUCUUAGUACAAGAGGUUGGAUUAAAAGUAAAGUAGAUAUACAAAAAAGAGAGUAAAAUGCUUGAUAAGAGGUUUUUAAACCUAGCAAAUCAAAUAAGAGUUAAGUUGUCUGGUAUAAUUUCUAUGAACCGUCUUGUGUUGUUGACUGUCACACAUGGUAGGACUAAGUUUUGAGAAGUGUUUUGAGUAGUGUAUUUAUGUUACCAAGCAAUGUCCAACAUACAGGUUCAUGUGUUCCAGAGUAUUGUUAGUUCAGCAUGGCCCUAUUGUGUAUGUACUGCAUGAGUCACCAAGUUAAAAUAUCAAGUGUUUUGACAAAGUAAAGUCUUGUGUUUCUAAAUGAAAGAAAAAUACAUGGGCACUGUCUGUUUUGAUAGUCCAAGCUGGCAAUAUAAUGGGUACCAUAUAACAGUUGCAUUAACUAUUACAUGUAGAUUAUGGAAACUAGAUGUAAAGAAAUGUACAAUACAUGGAACAGUGUACAUGCACGUACUGCUACACUAUGUGGUGCAUUGUGUUGGUAUAAUGUCUUCUAAAUAUGAAAAUAAAGCUGUACCAAUCUCAUCAGA